CCCAUUACUGCUGCCUCACCAACGGGGAGAGAGAAGGGAGAAAUUAAAAAAACAAAAUCAAACCAGAGAGCGGAGAUGAACGGUGGUGUGGAGGAGGCGAGCGCGGAGGGGGAGGGGAAGGGCGGCGUCGGCGGCGGUGCUCGUGGUGGCGAGAUGGGGACGGCGACAGAGGCGGUGGCGGCGGUGAGCCUGGAGGCGCUGCGGAAGCGGAUGGCGGACUUCGCCAGGGAGAGGGACUGGGAGCAGUUCCACUCCCCUAGGAACCUGCUCCUCGCCCUGGUUGGAGAGAUGGGGGAGCUAUCUGAGAUAUUCCAAUGGAAAGGGGAGGUGCCCAAGGGGCUGCCAGGCUGGGAUGAGGCCGAGAAGGAGCACUUGGGCGAGGAGCUUGCCGACGUGCUCCUCUACCUGGUCCGGCUGUCGGACAUGUGUGGAGUCGACCUUGGCAAGGCUGCCCUGCGCAAGAUGGAGAUCAAUGCACGCAAAUACCCAGUUGGCCAGUGCAAGGGCUCAUCCAAGAAGCACACCCACUAUGGCUCCACUAACAGUGUUACCGCUAGCGCCAGGGACAAUGUUAACACCAUGAACAAGGAGGAUAACAAUGGAGUCUAAACAGACCCAGAGAUCCUUGAAUGGUUGGCUGGUCCCUGCGUUACAUGAUCUAGGUUAAGUGCUGAUGAAAGAGGGAUCCUCUAUUUUGGUGGUAAAUGAACAAGUAUGUGGGUUCAAGUUCCACUAGAUAUUAGAUGGCUAAAGAACCAAGUGUUAACCAUAAUGCUUUGUAGGCUACAUAUCUAAUUGGACUGGCAUUUAGCUUCUGCUGUUUCAGUUAUGCAGCUGCAUAUGAUGCAAAAGCAAAUCUGGCUACUAUUUACUUGCAGUAGUAGUACUACUGACAUUGCUUUAUGGUGCAAAGCUGCUUUCUGACAACUUUACAUCUUGCAUAUGAUGAAAAGUUGUCAAUGGAGACUAUGCAUGGUAUUGACGCUCUAGUCCUUGUAUCAGUACAAAUGAAUGAAGAUUAUUAUGAGAUCUUUAUGAACAGAGUCUGUCAAGUGGACCUUACAUGUCCAAGUUCAGCAAGCUUUGCUGGUAAGUGGAGUCAAAUGGAUGCUGCUCCAUAUACUUACUGCUUGGGGGACCGCCGGACUGAAACCACUGGGUGCAAAUUGUGGGGCUUUUUUCUGGGUGUUCUGAAUGCUGCCAGGUUACCUGAAUUUAACAGGUCCUGAUCAACAAUUUAAGGAUGGGUUGUCUCCUUCCAAAUGAAAUAAAUGCCAAAGUGUUAGUGUGAUUCA